CGGAUUGAACUCUUAUACUAUAGUAAUAUUACUACAUAGAAGCUUACUACAUAGAAAGAAGCAUACACAAAGAAGUACAUUGGCUUUCGUAUGGUCAAUUGCAAACUAUAAAGUAGAAUGAUAAACUAAAUCUUUUAAUUCCUCUUACUGAAUAAAGUAAGCCAACAAGCUCUCUAGUAUCCACAAUUAAAUGGGGCUUCAGGCAAGUGUCAUAUUUUUGUCUUUUCUAAUAUAAAACAUUAUUUCAUGUGUUUAUGAGAACUGUCGAAUCGAAGGAUACAAUAAACCUGCUUGUGAUAUCCUCAUGUUUACAAGUACCAUGAGAAGGGCACCAAAAAAACCUACAUUUCUUUUCUACUACUAGUAUGAUAAACGUCAAAUCGUAUAUCAUUGCAUGAUCAACUCAUAAGACUCAGUAUUUCCUGCAUGUUCAUCUGUCCGGUAAGCCUGAAGUAAGCCGUCUGGAACCAGUUCCUGUCAUGAUCAGAUCUGGGACAUCAUCUUUGAAGAAGCCGCGGGCUGCUCGAGUAGCUCUUACCGAAUGAAAAACAAAUUUGCUCACAGGUAACUUCACAGGUGCAGUAAUGUCGCUGUCCUUGCCAGAAAUCGGUUCCGAGCCAUUGAACAAAGAUUUGCUGAAGGACACGUGUGUGAUAAGAAGGACGGGUGUUCCCGAAAGUUCAGGAGAGGGGCAGAGACGACUUCCUAUGACGCAAAACGAUAACAAAGUCCUCAUCUUUAUACCGAAAUUGAAUCCCCUUUAUCCCACCAUGUCGUCUUGACUUAUCAUUUUGCAGUACUUCAUCAUUAAAAGUUGACGAGAGUGGUAUGCUAUCAGAUUCAAACUUUCUAAUGAUGUCGGUUCGGUAGUUUUUUUUCUUCUUUCUCGGAAGGACUCUAGUUAGAACCUCAGAGGAUUGCAUUAAACAUUUCCUGGGAAAGAAAUAAUAGAUGGCGCUAGGUAGGUCACACUGGUGUCAGAUUUCGUCCCAGAAUUAGGGCAAUAAAGCCCUCACUCAUAUUUCAUUGUCAUUCCUGAUUUCCUUUUCCAUCCGACUGUGUCCCGGUGGACUCCACGGGGGUGGACACCAUCAAUUGUAACCUGAUGCAUCUUCUCAUUAGCUGGAUCCCAGAAAAAAGUAGUGACGUCAAAACGACGUCACCGCCAUGACAUCACCACGCCCACAUUAUCUCCACCACCACUUAUAAGUACUUGAGAAUAAACCUUACCCGGGGCAGAUCGCAGUAGACUGAUCUGUUUGGGAAUCACCUGGCAGCCCGGUGGGCAUUAGUUCUACAAACGAAGUGAGAGGUAGCCCCGGCCUUUACCAUAUUGCUUUUAAGAGGCCAGUCUUGUUCCAUUUACGUUUCAGUCCGACGCCUCAGUUUUGCCUAGCGGACAACCAGUUGCUUCCUGAGCGCGUCGUGUACUUGUGAGGAUACUUCUCGGUACAGCUGUGCUGACGUGCUGACAUACAUCACCGGUGAGCCUGCUCUGAACGAUUGACGUGGUCCGUCGGCUCGGACAAGUUUGUGAACUGCCAAACAAUCGUGACCAUGAGGACGAUAUCCGUAUCCGGGGUGGCUCUGCUGCUGGCCGUGGCGAUCGUGGUGAGCUCGCAAGGACUGGCGCACGGGUACAACUGCAAAACGCCGUGGAAUGAAAAUUGUCAAACAAGUCGCACAGCAGACUUUGGAAAGAGGGUUCCUGCCUCACAACUUUCUCUUAGAGAAGUACUACAGAGCGGCCAUCCUCCCCUCAGCGAUGUCGACACAGCGUAUGAAGAUGACGUAAGGAACUUGUUGGUGCAGAUUUUGAGGUCCCACAUGCGCCCAAGGACGUCUCGCCGCUGGACAGUGCUGGAGGACUGACACACCGGACAUGGCGUCACAAAAUCACUUAAUCGGGACCGGAAACGGACGUGGCAAAAAGUAUGGUCACGUCAAGCGUAACAGAGAAACUCCAACUUAAGCAGAAUCAUUGCUCAGAGUAAUGAAAAAGACAUUGAUAAAUUUAUGUUAGAUUUUAAGGCGUUUUGCAGGUUUGCAUGAUUUAAAAAAAGGAACAGAAACGGAAAGCGAAGCAAUGGCACGCUACCUUUAACUAUAGGUUAGUGGUCAGAUUAUUUAUUCCUGACUGCAAGUUUGCAACAUAGUAACUAUUGUAGGUCAACGACCGCAGAGCAUUUCUCAAUUGGGGCCAAUUCCGACCUUCUGCGUCCAUUAGCUUUAGUAUACAAGAACGAACACGCGAGGGCUUCAGCAGUGAAGCUGUCACUUCAGUCCUCAUAAGAACCAUCCACUGUGUACUUCAGGGUUUCUGUUAUACACCAUCUCCUGUAUUGUGCAUGGACGUCACGAGGUCUCACUCAAUUCAGUAGAUGUGCCACGAUUACCUUUAACCAAUUAGCUAGUACGAAUAAAAAGGGGAUAGAUAGAUAUUAGACCUAUGAUUUGGCAUAUAAUUAAGUAGACCAUCUGGAAAUUUGUCGAUAGCUCUUAAGUAAAGUAUACCUCAAAUGUUUUACGGAGUGAGAUACGUCAGGAAUCUCACUAGGAAGUUCUCCCAGGGGUUUCAUUAUCGGGAGAAGUUACUCAUAUGCUACAUUUGGAACCCUAGAAUGCCUGAUAGAUUAGUCAAUUGCAUCUCUUUUAAUUUCGCUUCAUAUGCACGUUUAUAGUUUAGUAAUAAUGAACUCACUUGAUUAUUAUCUUAUUACCUCAAUGUACGGCAGUGACAUUAUAUAAGUUAUUAAACUUACAUUCAAAACAACAA